AUGGGGAACUCGCCGUCGAAGAAGAUGGGCCGAACGCGGUCCAAAGAGCUCACGGCAAACGACCUCGCCGACUCGCUCGCGGCUACAAAGCUGUCUGGACCCGGCGUUGAUGCAAGGAACGGUAAGAGUGCGAACGGCCCCAGGGCAGUGCAACCAGACACACCCGCCGUCAGGACCUCGAGUGCACCGGGCGUCGACGGCGGUGCUACCCCUACUCCCACUACACCCGUUUCCACCCGUGGCGCUGGGCACCUCGGCGCCUCGCCUCCCCCAUCUGGCCGUGGAUCCCCACCUCCAGGCCACGCGCACUCAAACUCUGGCGCUUCACUGUCGCCUGUUGACACGUUAAGCCAGACUGUUAGCCGCACCAGCAUCAACGCGGUCGGAACGUCUGGGCUCGAUGUCGACAACAUGAUCAGCCGUCUUCUCGAGGCAGGCUACAGCGGCAAGGUGACCAAGUCGCCUCCCCUCAAGAACGCCGAGAUUGCAGCAGUCUGCGCUGCUGCGCGCGAGAUCUUUCUCUCUCAGCCGACUCUCAUCGAGCUGAGCCCCCCCGUCAAGAUUGUUGGCGAUGUCCACGGGCAGUACGCCGACCUCAUCCGCAUGUUCGAGAUGUGCGGUUUCCCCCCGCAAGCCAACUACUUAUUCCUGGGCGACUACGUUGACCGUGGCAAGCAGUCACUCGAGACAAUCCUGCUGCUGCUGUGCUACAAGAUCAAGUACCCCGAGAACUUCUUCCUGCUGCGUGGCAACCACGAGUGUGCCAACGUCACGCGCGUGUACGGCUUCUACGACGAGUGCAAGCGCCGCACCAACAUCAAGACCUGGAAGACGUUUAUCGACGUCUUCAACGCGCUCCCGAUUGCUUCGAUAGUCGCGAGCAAAAUCUUCUGCGUGCACGGUGGCCUCAGCCCAAGCCUGCAGUCGAUGGACGACAUCCGUCGCAUCCAGCGUCCCACCGACGUCCCGGACUACGGUCUGCUGAACGAUCUCGUGUGGUCUGACCCGUCCGACACGGCGCUGGACUGGGAGGACAACGAGCGAGGCGUGUCGUUCUGUUAUGGCAAGAGCGUCAUCAAUGCGUUCCUCGCCACCCACGACAUGGACCUCAUCUGUCGUGCCCACAUGGUCGUCGAGGACGGCUAUGAAUUCUACAACGAUCGGACACUGGUGACAGUGUUCUCUGCCCCAAACUACUGCGGCGAGUUCGACAACUUCGGCGCCGUUAUGUCCGUGUCCGAGGACCUCCUGUGUUCUUUCGAGCUUUUAAAGCCCCUCGACGGCGCGGCACUCAAGAAGGAGAUGACCAAAUCGAAGCGCAGGAGCUUACAGAAUCACCAGUCGCCACCAAACAACCCGACCGCACAGAGCUAUUAG